CUGACCUGUAGCCUACGUGUAUGUUAUCAAAAUUUAAAAAUUGUAUCAUAAUAAUACAAAAUACAAAUAAUACGAUCCAAACGUUAUAGAAACAAUUUCUAUUUUUUUAUUAGAUAUUGGAAUAACUUUUUAUCUGUAUGUUUUGCAAUUUCUUAAAACAUUUUCUACAUACUUGAUAAUGGAAAAUUUAUAUCACCAAACAAAUAGAUUGAUAUUAGAAACACAAGAAUUAUUCCACAGAUUGGAAAGUUCAAAAUCUGAACUCAUUGAAGCAGAUGUGCAAUCCAAAAUAUUGACAAUAUCAAAGUAAUGAAUUAAUAAUUAUAAAUACGAUUUUUAUUUUAAAUUAAAUACUUUAAAUACUCCACAUUUAUUUGGUGUUUAGAAAUUGUGAACAUCUUGAUAUACUCGUACACAAAGAACCCGUUUCCAGACGUAACAAUGCCAAACUACGUGUUGAUCAACUCAAAUAUGAUUACCAUCACUUACAGGUAAUUAGAACUAUGUUAAACAAUAUUUAAAAAAAUAAUUUAACUUUUUUAACAUAAUAGUCAGCAUUAAAAACACAUCAACAAAACCACCAAAGAAGAUUAAGAGCUGAACAGGAACGUGAAGAAUUACUAAAUCGCAGGUUUACAAGAAAUGCUGACAUCAAUGAUACAACAAUAUUAAUCGAUAGUUCCAUACAGCAUCAAAACUCACUACAGGUACCUUACCUUAAAUUUCUUAGAAUUUAUUGAAAUUGUUGUUUUAAGUACAAAUUAAUAUUAUUUUAUUAUUGAUUUUAGGGAGCGUAUCGUGGAGUAGAUGAUUUAUUAGGCUCGGGUAACAGCAUACUACAAAGUUUACGUGAACAACGUGAUCGACUAACAGGUACACGGAACCGUUUAUCAGGAAUUUUCGGCUCCCUUAGGCUUUCCAAUACUACUAUGAAAUACAUUGAAAAAAGACUGACAGAAGAUAGAUACAUACUUUAUGGAGGAAUGGCUAUUACAAUACUUAUUAUAGUCAUAGUUAUGAUGUAUUUCAGUUAAUAUUCAUGUAUAUUUUUUUUUAUUUUGCUGAGUAAUAUAAUUCAUAACCUAUAUUACUUUAUAAAAUAAAUAUUCUAUUUUAUUAUUUAAUAAAUCUUUUUUAGAAUAAUUAAUUUUAUAUAGCCGAACUUGUUUAACUUGAAAUCAUGAAUACUUUGAAUUUUCUAUUAAAAAAUAUAAAAUAAAUUGUGUUUAAAUCAAAUAUUUUGUGGAAAAUUUGCAGUUUCAAUUUUAUUAAAGUCAGUGAUAUAUGACAUUCCAGUAUUAAUGUACAUUUACUAUCGAAAAUUGCAUUAUCAUGAAUUAUUAAAAAAAAUAUUGCUAAUACUACAAUCAAUAACAAAAUCUACCAACAAAAAUAAAAUAAAUAUAUAAUCUAAUAAUGUGUAUACAUGUAUAACAAUUUGAAAAUACGUAAUAAAUAAUUGGUUAAUUUUAAAAAGAAUUGCACUUAAAUAACGUGAAUAACAUAAUAAAUGGUUUUAAUACAAAAUUGAAUUGUAUAAUAUUUUUUUUCUUGUAGAAAACUAACUUUCUGCUGGUUCUUUUAAAUUCAAAUUAACAAUAUUCUACUGUGUACUAUGUAAUGAUUAAAUAAUUUUAAGUUUUUAGAGUAACAAAGCUGGUAUGAUGUCUUCUUGAUAUAAAAAAUAUUUGAAAAUAAUUUUUGAUCUAGUCUUAUAUGUAUUAAUUAUUAUUAAACACUGACACCAUUGUUGUAUUAAUUAAACUGUUUAUUAUUGUUUUAUGUUAUAUUAUUUAUUAUGUGCUGUUCCUUAUUCAGAUAUGAUAAAUGUUUAUUUUUUUAUUUUUUAUUAUACGUUACAUUAAUUAUUGUUUAUUGAUCUAUGUAUUUCAAUUAAUGCAGUAUUUAUAAAUUAAUAUUACCUAUGUGAAAUUUUUAAAAUAGAUCAUUUCAUUAAGUAUGUUUUUCUUUACUGUACUUCUGUUGAUUAUUAUUUAUUAUACAACUAGUACACUAUACCAAUCACAUAAAGUAAGAACAAUCGUAAAGUCUCCUUAUAAGAAACAAAUUUGUCGUUAACAAAUUAAAUAUUGUUCACUUAAGAAAUAACUUAACAGAAAACAAAAAUUAAAUUGCUUACAUUUGUUUAUCGUGUUUAUCUACUUUUUUUGUACAAAUUAUAAUAUUAAAUGAAAACUUGGACAAUGAUAACAAUUUUUGAAUUGUGAAAGCUGACCAUAUAUUUUUAAAUGUUUGCCAAAAUGUACAUAUUUUACAAAUUUUUUUAAGGCAUAGCUUUCAGCUAAAUAUAGUAUAAAAGUAGUCUUUAAUUAAACAAUACAACUUUUUUUAUUUUACUUACAAUUUAUUUGUC